AUGCGUGACCCAUUCCAGCCUUCCACUUCCACUAAUCUCACUCCUUCUUCUCCCCCCAACAGACCUGCCAGAAGAGGUCCAGGCCCUAUCCAGACUCAGAACCUCCGACGACCAUCUGCCGGUUCUGUCAAUCAGGCAUAUGACGGUUUCACCACUCCCGUCUCUGCCCUCCCUCCUGACAACUCGGGCACCAGCAACACUUUGUUUUCUGAUCCCUUUGCCGCAGAUCGCUCGCAACGUUCACAGCUCCGAGCUCAAACUUCCGCCGCUGUCGAACAGUCUUCACGACCCACUCCGAGUAGUGCAGCUUCGGAUAAGCUGAGAAAUGUGGUGGGAGCCUUCAUGUCUGCCAGCAGGAGUCGAGAUGAGCUCGAACGUAGACCGCAGAAGAAUGAAGCCCGUCAACGAGACAAGGCCCGGAGAGAGCACAAGCAGGACGUCUGGGAAGGAACGACAGAUGGUAAAUUCUCAGAGAUUGAAAAUGUGUUGAGGAAGAUCAAGAAGGAUUGGCCGUUCGUCCUCGAAAGUGACUUUUCCCCAUCUACAUUGGCACUGUCUUUGCUUUCCCAAGCACCUUCGUCGUCGCUGCCUCAACAUCCAUCUCUCAACUCUUUUCUUCGACUCCACGAUGCCUUGUCGACGGCACUUCAAUCUGCUGUCCAGCAACAUUUUCAAACGUUUGCGGCGUCCCUCCCCGCACACGCCACCUUUCUCGCUACCCUCGGACGAGCACAGCAGCAGGUGAAGCUCUCGAAAGAAGCUCUGAAGGAAGCAAGGGAGGGGUUUGCGGGAAAAGGCAAGUCAGAACUGGCAGGAAUACGCGCGAGGGAACAACAGCAAACACCUGAUCAACUGGAUGGGCUCGUAGGCGAGAAGAAAUUCCUCAAAGCUUCCUUGAUCCUCAUGCGAAGUCUAAAGACCGUAAACCGACCGGAAAUCGCGGAGAUAGGAGCAAUGUCAGAUCUAAAAUCUUAUUUUACCUCACAGGAGUCGACACUCACAGACAUCCUAGUUGAGGAACUACACAAUCAUCUCUACCUCAAAAAUUACUAUUCCGACUCUCGUUGGCGUGCCUACACUCCUGGACAAUACACGCGUGAGUUGUUCAACGUCUCACGCCCUGCUUCGCUGACCUGGGAAGUUCCCGUCCUAGAAGGCCCUGACAACGAUUCCAGCCGUCCAAAUUCCCUCCGGCAAUCCUUUCAAAACUCCUCACUCAAUGACAACGCUGUUGCAGGUCCAGGCCCAUCAUCACGCUUCUCGCGCUACAUUUCAAGCCUCGCUGUCAAGCCGGCUCAUGAUCCCACUCUUGAGCUCGAUCCUGAGUAUGGUAGUAACUCUGCUACCUUGGUUAAUGGAGGUGGAGCAAAUGGUAUGGCCCCCGUGUCGUCGUCACACAUGUCCCUCAUCUCUCUUGCCGGUCAUCAAGCAUCGGAGCAAAACAACCCAGAGGUCGACUCUUUCACUUAUGUGGAGACCCUGCUGGAAGCCCUGGCAACACUGGGCCAUUUAAGCACUGCUCUGGAUAAGGUGGCACAGCGGACGGCCACCGAAGUGCACGCUCUCGUGGACGCAACGCUGGAUGAGGUGGAAGAAAGAGCCGAUCAACGCAGAGAGGAGUCCGAAGCCAUGGCAAGACCCCAAAGCAUGUUGAUGAACGGAAAUCCCGAGGUUCUGGUCGCACAAACCGAGCAAACCACCCACCGUAAAUCCCUCUUCGCUCCGGCUGAAACGCUACGAAUUGCUGUCGCCCUUGAUGCUGCUGGUCCAGCCAAGCACGCCGUCAUUCUACGCGAUUUGUUCUGGACUUUGUAUUCCAAGUUAGCUGCGGUGUUGGAGAACCACCGGGUGGUGUACGAGGUGUCACGUUGGAUCUCUUCUGUGAGUCGCGUUUCCACUUGCUUUCAUUUGCUAAUUGUGCAGCGACGAGAUUUCAAGGAUGUUUCAGCCAAGGCCUCGACGGGAUUGAACAUUCCCGUUCUGGAAGUAUGGAAGCCUGUCCAGCAAGAGGUUCGAAAUCUAUUGCAGGACUACUUGACAGACGAUGCCCAAGCAUAUGACUCUGACCGGCAUCCCAUCAUGUCCAUCAAUGAGAUUCUACGUGAUGGUAAGGUUGCCCGUGACAAGCAGAGACAAAUGUUCCAUUUUGGUGACACCGACACUCGGGCUAUGAACAAUGAUCUCAAAAUCUAUGACGACUCAGUGCAACAAGCUCUCAAAACUUCAGUGCCCGGAUUGGUAAACAUGCAGACUGCGCCUGAUGGUCCUGCCAAUGCGCAGCAUCAGGUGUUACAAGGCAGCAUGGCCGAUGCGGAUGAUUCUUAUGCCGGGAGCGCCCGACACCGUACCCUUAUCCCUCCCAAUGCUUUCAACGUCUCCACUUUGUUCCAACCCACCCUUGCGUUUAUAGAGCGAGCUACAGAAGUCGUCCCUCCGGGAUUCGAAGAAGAAACCAGCGGAUUUAGUUCGGUUCUGGAAGACUUUGUUGUCAAGGUCUUUCUACCGCAACUGGACGAGAAAGUUACCGCGUCCUUCCAGCAGGCCGUGUCAGGCUAUGAUGCAUAUCAGCUUGAUCGCUUUGUGGACCAUGGCUUGGAUAAACCUCCGCUGAAGUCUAGCGUCCGUGUCAUGGCACUAAUUCAUGGCCUCUGUGUGAUGCUACAAACGACCCCUUUCCACAGAGAGAAUUACAGUCGUCUCAUCAUCGGGGUCAUCGUCCAGUAUUACCAGCAGUGCAGCGCGAGGUUCAAGGAGCUGGCAUCGUUACCUGCACAAGGGUUGGGAGAGCCACCUUUGGCCUUGCCAGCUCAAUGGGCACAAAGAGAGGAUAUCAUUGCUUGCCUAGGUGAUCUCCGGAAUGUGAUACCCGUCGAUCUUGCUGAGGUCCAUGUCGUAUCGAUGAAGGAAGUCAAACUCGAGAUGGACCUGCUAGGAGAUGGCAUCCUGGUGGAAUCCCAACUCAUCAGCUCGACCCGCAAGCUUGAAGCGUUGGGAACUUUGAUGCAGAGUUUGCGAUGGUUCAUUGAUUCAUUGUUGGAUUUACAGACCGAGGCAGAAGAUUCUAUUUCGCCUGACGGUAACGAACCACUGGGGUCUGCCAUUACCAGCUCACUCGCCCCGCCCGAGCAGCUCAACCCGGAGGAUGAACCUCGUCUCCCUUUGACAAGAGCGAUGGCACAACGGUACGAAGCCAUUGUGCAGACGUACGAGCAAUUAGCCGAGAUGGUCCUCAACACUAUCCGUCUCGAAAUCAGAUGUCGUGUUGUCUGCAACCUCGGAGCGUCGCUUCGUACCGGUGAAUUUCGACUGGAGAGCGAAUCCUUUGAACCGGAUCCCGAUGUCGUGGAUCUCAACGGUAGCUUGACCGAAUGUGACGACGUCGUCUCGGCUACACUGGUAGACGCCGACCGCGAUUUUGUUUUUCGAGGUCUGGGUAGCCUCGUGGAUCACAUGUUCAUUCACGCCGCAAGAUCCAUCAAGAUGGUCAACCUUGCCGGAGUACACAAGAUGAAACGGGAUAUUCUGGCCCUUCAACAAGCCCUUCGAGGAAUCAACCAUGGUCCCGAGGAAGGUAUACUCAGUCGCGCCAUGACGUAUUGGGAUUUGUACGGACGAGGACCGAAGGAAAUGCUCGAAACCAUACGAAUCAACAAACCCAUGUUCACAUUCGAAGAUUACAACACGAUGCUCAAUUUACAAUGCAAGACCGACAUGUCUGAAGCACCCUCAUCCGAACUGAACACUUAUUUAAUCGACCUACACGCCUUGUCCAUGUCAAUUGAGGGAUGGGAGAUUGGGAUUGAAUGA